AUGGCACCCUGUUCGUUGUUUGCCGGCUUGCUCGGAGCUCUGCUCUUGGCUACCCCUGGGGAUGCGUCUGCUGGGACAAAAGUUUCCAGUGCUUCUGACGCUGGUGUACCACUGUUCAAGAGCGAGACGGUGCAGUUAACAGAGAAGUCACUCAGUCCUAAUCAGACUGCUCUGUUUGGAUUUGGUAAAAAUGCUUCGCGCCCUUCUACUCCUCACAAAGGACAGUGCAGGCUGUUACCGGGAGAUAAAUCCUGGCCUUCAAACUCUGUGUGGGGGCAAUUCGAUGACCUUUUGGGUGGUGCCCUCAUCAAGACUGUACCCCUGGCAGCGGCAUGCUAUCCCUCGUGGCCGGAGUAUGACGUGGAUAAGUGCAAAAAUGUCACCGCUGACUGGACGGUCUCAUACAUGCAUGCGGCUGAUCCCGCCUCUAUCAUGUGGCCUUUGUUCGAGGGUAGAUCCUGCUUGCCUACUGGGAGUAAUAUCUCAUCCUCCUGCACGAUUGGCGGAUACAGCAGCUAUGCUGUGAAUGUGAGCAAUGUGGCCCAGGUGCAACUUGCGGUGAACUUUGCUCGCAACGCAAAUCUGAGACUUGUCGUCAAGAACACUGGCCACGACUUCAACGGCAAGUCGACUGGUGCUGGUGGUCUUGGAGUCUGGACACAUAACCUGAAAGACCUUGAGUACAUUAAGAACUACAAUGGCUCAAGCUAUCAAGGUCCUGCCGUCAAGAUGGGCGCCGGUGUCCAGGCCUUUGAGGUCUAUGAAAUGGGUGAAAAGCUUGGCUUCACUGCGGUCGGUGGAGAGGGCAAGACUGUUGGAGUUGCUGGUGGAUAUGUCCUUGGUGGCGGUCACUCUCCCAUGUCCAGUAUGUACGGCCUGGCCGCUGAUCAGGUCUUGGCCCUCGAGGUUGUCCUAGCGAACGGAAGAUUCGUUACGGUGACCGAGGAGACCGACCCUGACCUAUUUUGGGCCAUCCGUGGUGGCGGUGGUGGAACCUAUGGCGUUGUCACUUCGGUUAUCUCGCGCGUGCACCCAAAGGUCGGCGUCACAGUCUCAACCUUCAGCUUCGCCACCAGCUCCACUGUCUCAGUAGACAAAUUCUGGGCCGGAGUCCGCGCAUACUUCCAAAAAUUCCCCGCCCACGCCGAUGCCGGCACCUACGCCUACUUCUGGGUCAUGAACACAGGCACAAACUCCUUUGAGUUCCUAAUGAACCCUUUCUUCGCCGUGAACCACACCCUGGACGAGUUCAACGCCUUAGUCAAGCCAUGGUUCGACGACCUGAAGGCCCUCGGUAUCCCCUUCACUCCAAACUCCACCUACUACGACUCCUUCUACCCCGGUUGGGAUGCUGGGUUCCCUCUCGAAACGAUCGGAAGCGUGUCCAUGAUGACAGGAAGCCGUCUAUUCCCCCGCGAGAACUGGCAAAGUUCCACCAAGUUCAACGCUACUAUGGCCGCGAUUCGAUCUACCGUUAGCGCUGGAUACCCGCUGCUCGCGUUUAAUAUGAAAGCUGAGCUUCCCGCGGGCUACCCCGAUGAUUCUUCGAAUCCGGCUUUCCGUCACACUCUCAUGCAUGCUAUUACCUCUACCAGCUGGGAUGCCAAUGCCACCAACGCGCAGAUCAAUGCUACCAUGAACAAGCUUACCUACAAUGCUUUGGGGAAGUGGCGGGCUACUUGUCCUGAGUCUGGUGCCUAUAUGUCCGAGUCGGAUAUUUUGGAGCCCAAUUUCCAGCAGGCAUUCUAUGGUACCAACUAUGAGCGUUUGUACAAGUUGAAGCAGCGGUAUGAUCCGACUUUCUUGUUCUAUGCUCCUACUGGUGUGGGUAGUGAGCACUGGGAGGUAAAGAGUUUGGACGGUCUUCCCGAUCAGAAUGGACGUCUUUGCCGUGUUUGA